AGGUACAAUGACUGGGAGUGAUCGUGAUGCCAACCCCCACCCAAACCGGCCAAUUGGCGGAUUAAAUCCGCUCAGACCGCCCGGUGGAUUGCUGGAGAAGUCCGUGCUUCUACGUUUACUGUUGUAGAUCGAUAGGCCUACGCGUUGUCCAACAUGAAGACCACCGUUAUAUUGACAGUGCUGCUCGGCAUGACCGCUGUGUCCGCCUAUGUGGAGGAACUAGAUGAUACGUUUAUGGAAACCAAAGAAGAGACAGAAAUAUGGCUGAUAGAGUUCUACUCCCCCUGGUGUGCGUUCUGCAAGCAGCUGGACCCGGUGUGGCACGCCAUCGGCUCGGAGCUCCGGAGUCUGGGCUCGCCCGUCCGCGUCGGCAAGUCGGACGCCACGGCUCAUACCGGCCUUGCCAAAGAAUUCAAAGUCAGAGGCUAUCCUGCUAUCAUGAUGCUGAAGAACGACAGGAAGUAUAACUAUGAAGGUCCCAGGACCAAGGACGGCAUCAUGGACUUUGCUAACCGGGUCGCCGGGCCCGAUGUCCGAGGCCUACCCAGUCAACAGAUGUUUCAACACGUUAUAAGCAGACAGCCUGUCAUGUUCGUUUACAUCGGCGCUUCAUCCCCUCUGAAGGGAAACUACACGGCUGCAGCCAAGGAGCUGAUCGUCCACACCUACUUCUUCUCCGCUGGCCGGGACAUUCUGCCCAAGGACGUCAACAUCCCUAAGCUGCCUGCCGUCGCAGUCUUCAAAGAAGACACGGUCCUGACCUAUAACGAGGAGACAGACGGGGAUCUGAAGAUGUGGAUCAACAGGGAGAGGUUCAGAAGCUACUCCAAGAUCGACAGCUACACCCUGUACUCCAUGGGAGACACAGGUAAAAUGGUGGCCUUGGCUCUGGUGGAUGAUGGAGCCUCGUGGGAGAAGAGCAGAAGAUAUAAAAGUCUGGUGGAGCAAGUGGCGCUGAACCAUAAGGAGUUAUACAGCAAGGACUUUUAUUUUGGUUACAUGGAGGGAGGUGACUACGUUAAAGGACUGGUGAUGGGUGAGGUGCUGAUGCCCUCCAUCAUCGUGCUGAAUCUGUCCAAUGACGGGUACUUCCUGCCACCCAUCGUCAUGGAGACGGAGCAACACCUCAUGGACUUCCUGAACGGAGUCCUGGACAAAAGCUUUGAGUGCCAGGGAGGCAAUGGUGUGAGUCAGCGUGUCAGGAGGUUGGUGUACGAGGCCAGGAACACACUGACACCCUUGUUCGAGCGGGCUCCGAUGGUGGGCUGUGUGGUGCUCAGCAUCCCUGUGGUGGGGGUGGCGUUGAUCUGCUACAUGGGAUACAAGUGGAAGGUUCCCUCCCAGGGGGAGGAGGACGGACAGGAAGCCCUUCCUGGCGCCCAGAUAGAGGAGAGUCCGGGGAAGAGCGGCGCCAUAGGGCAGAAAAAGAAGAGCGCUGCGGAGAAAAAGAGUGAUUAGCUUGUGAGCGAUUAAUGUAUAGCAGCUAGGAGAUAGCGGGUAGAUGUCGGUGGGUAGGAGUUGGCGGCUAGGUGUAAGCUAAGGGUGACCCGCUAGGAGUUAGCGACAAGGCGUUGGCGGUAAGGAGUAGCUAGGAAUUAGCCAUCUGUCAGCGACCUUGGAGGAGAAGGGCUGGUCGCCUGGGGACUGUCCCAGACUGAAGGAAGGAUACAAGGAAGGAUGGAGACGAGGAGGGAAUUAGGUUUACCUUCUCCACUUUUCUUUGGAAAUUGUUCUCUAAGCUCUUAUCUUGAUUUUAGUGAAUGGAACGACAUUGAAUAACAUUAAACAUAUCAAUAUGAUAUUUAUCCUGUACUCACAUAUACGAUAAUAAUAUAAUCUAAGACAGAACAAUGUGCAGCACAUAGAAAUGGUUAUAUAACAUUUAAAUAAUGAAAUUUGAUGGUGAGUGCAGUCAUCCAUCCUGAGUAAUCGUGUGUAUCUUAUUGCCAAGGACUUUUUUAACCAAGAAAUUUGACAUUUUAAUGUGAAUCAUUAAAAUGUUUUCUUUUUCAAACUA